UAGGGCUUUGGAGCGCUUCGCUUUGCACAGUCGAGUGAACUGGUGAGGAACGAUACAGUACACUACAGUAGAAAAAUAGUGGGGGAGACGAGAGUAAACAACCACCUUAGACGCACACAACCAUACCCUUAUACGGCAGCCGAUAAGUUAUCUUUGAGUCGCCUGCAGCGCAGAAAGAGCACUCGUAUUUUGAGAAGAAUUUGGCUACAUACCGCGCAGGAGGAUCAUAUCAAGCAAAGGAGCAGCCGUGAGAGAAGCACGAGAUACGGAGACAUGGCUGUGACAACCUGUACACGAUUCACGGACGAAUUUCAGCUAUAUGAAGAGCUGGGAAAGGGAGCCUUUUCAGUGGUGCGCAGAUGUGUCAAGCUGUGUACUGGACAGGAAUAUGCCGCCAAAAUAAUCAACACCAAAAAGCUAUCUGCAAGAGAUCACCAGAAGCUAGAGAGAGAGGCCCGUAUUUGUCGCCUGCUCAAGCACUCCAACAUCGUACCAUGGCGACGGAAGGCUCAGGUUCCUGGGUCUGGCCUCGUUCGUCUUCAUGACAGUAUAUCAGAGGAAGGCUUCCACUAUCUCCUAUUUGACUUGGUGACUGGAGGGGAGCUGUUCGAGGACAUCGUAGCCAGAGAGUACUACAGUGAGGCUGAUGCCAGUCACUGUAUCACUCAGAUUCUAGACAGUGUUCAUCACAUUCACCAACAUGACAUAGUGCACAGGGACCUGAAGCCAGAGAACCUGCUCCUGGCCAGCAAAUGCAAGAAUGCUGCCGUCAAGCUGGCUGACUUUGGCCUGGCCAUCGAGGUACAGGGGGAUCAGCAGGCCUGGUUUGGAUUUGCUGGCACACCGGGAUACCUGUCCCCUGAGGUUCUGAGAAAGGAGGCAUAUGGCAAACCUGUGGACAUCUGGGCCUGCGGGGUGAUUCUGUAUAUCCUGCUGGUGGGCUACCCUCCCUUCUGGGACGAGGACCAGCACAAACUGUACCAACAAAUAAAAGCAGGGGCAUACGAUUUUCCCUCCCCAGAGUGGGACACAGUCACUCCAGAGGCUAAGAACCUGAUUAACCAGAUGUUGACCAUCAACCCUGCCAAGAGGAUCACCGCCCAGGAGGCCCUCAAACACCCAUGGGUCUGCCAACGUUCUACAGUGGCAUCCAUGAUGCACAGGCAGGAGACCGUGGAGUGCCUGAAGAAAUUCAACGCCAGGAGGAAACUCAAGGGGGCCGUGCUCACGGCUAUGCUGGUUUCACGGAACUUCUCUGUCGGCUGUCGCUCCACCGCUCCAAUCAGUAUCACUGCCGCUGCGGCAGCUGCAUCCGCGGCAGCGGGCUCCACCACAGGGCUGGUGGAACAAGCAGCCAAAAGUUUGCUCAACAAGAAGGCAGAUGUCAAGGAACGUAGGUCCAGCUCCGCUGCGCGGCACAUGCCCCAGACACCACAGACAAACAGCACCAAAAACAGCAUAGUCACCAGCCCUAAAGGAAACGUCCCUACUCCUGUUCUGGAGCCUCAGACCACUGUUAUCCAUAAUCCAGUGGAUGGGACUAAGGAAUCAUCUGACAGCAGCAACACGGUGGAGGACGAAGAUGUCAAAGGGAAGAGUAUAGACAGUUCAGUAAAGACCGAGUCCCAGCCUGACACCUUUGCCCCACAGCCCCAGGUCUCCUCGCCCGCUGUGUACUCCACCAAGCUGUCAGACCUGUUUGGCGUUGUACGCAAGGCAUCAGGGCCCAUGUCUGACGGGGAAGGGGCCACCACCACACCUCCACCCCCUCCAGCCAACCCCUCUGUCGCCGCCUCCCCACCCAUGGCUCACACCCCCAUGCAGCCACGCAAACAAGAGAUCAUCAAGAUCACUGAACAGCUGAUCGAGGCUGUCAACAAUGGAGACUUCGAGGCAUACGCUAAGAUCUGUGAUCCUGGCCUGACCUCCUUUGAACCUGAGGCCCUGGGCAACCUGGUGGAAGGAAUGGACUUCCACAGAUUCUACUUUGAGAACCUCCUGUCUAAGAACAGUAAGCCUAUCCACACCACAAUCCUGAAUCCCCACGUCCACCUGAUUGGAGAGGACGCUGCCUGCAUCGCCUACAUCCGCCUCACCCAAUUCGUUGAUGGCCAGGGCCAUCCGCGCUCCAGCCAAUCAGAGGAGACUAGGGUAUGGCACCGCCGGGAGUCCAAGUGGCAGAACGUUCACUUCCACUGCUCGGGUGCGCCUGCCGCGCCACUCCAGUGAGGAGUAGAAUGCCAUAGCCACAUCUAACAAGAGUGCUCUGCUGGAGAGAGAUAGAGGGAGAGCAAGUCCAGUGUCGGGUGGCUCUGAGUCCGCAGCGCCAGACACCUCCCACACUAGAUACCUAGCAUGCAUCUCUUCUUUACGACUACCUAUCGCCACCCGCCAUUGUAUCCACUGACAACCAUCUCAACAACCAACCAACCAUCCGACAACAAUCUAUUGUUUUUUCCAACAACAACCCCCUUCUCCCCCUCAAGCCCAAACUUUGGACAAUUCACGUUUUGCCCCUUUUCUUCAACCCCAACCCCUCCAACCCAACCACUGCCACACCUAUGGCCAAUAUUGGGCUGUGGGUAGGGAGUGUUUCGAGGGGUAUGAUGGGGGGUGUUGGGGUGUUUUCUUGGCCUCAUUGUGCAUUUUGAUUCUUCGUCUUAUGUCACAUGAUGUUCCCUCUUCUUCGUCUUGUGAAUCUUCACUUGUGUUGCGUAACACUACACAGGAAAUACAGUAUGUAAAGUUUUAAGUCAAAUCUAUUAUUAUUAUGAUUAUUACUAUUACACAAUUGAAAUUGUAUAUGUAAUUUGUAUAAUUCAAAUGAUUGAUGCCAGUGGUUUCUAGAGUUGAAGGAAAUCUUUUGUUUUCUCUAUCUUUUUAAGGAAGCAUGUUGUUUUUCAGUAUUCACAGUGGCUGUUUUCUAUUGUGGCUUUUAAGUGACAAAAUGGUAUUGGUAGUUUUUGUAUAAGCUUCUUGUAUUUAAUCUAUUCUAUUAUACUAGACCAAAGCUCAUGUUUAAGAAAAAUAACUUUUGGGAGAAGGGGGGUGUUAGACGUGGUGUGGAGGAAGCGAGUGUGUGAAUGUUAGAAAUGUGUGUGUGUUUCUGUGUGUGCGUGUGUGUAUGUGUGUGUGGAACCAAGUACAUGGGAGUAUUAGUCCAUAGGUGGCCGGUUUUAUCAACUGGUUUGAAUUUUCAGCUUUGUAAUGUGAAUAGCUGGAAAUGGGGUUGGCUUGGUGUCUUCCGUCGUCCGGUCACAAUCAACUGUACGAAACGAGAUUCAACAGUAACAGAGGCUUUUAUUGUAUUUCACACUAAUCAUGUUUUUGCCUUUUUUGUGUUUUUUGUAUUAUUAACAUAUCUCAGAGGAUAGACCUACCGGUUCUCUCUUACUCUCUGGUGUUGGCCGUUGGUGUGUGGGAAGGUUCUGUGAUCCCCAGUGCUCCCGGUGGUUCGAUUAGACAUUGCAGUACACUGCACUGCACCUCCUGCACUGCACUGCACAAAUUGCAAAUGAGGCCUCUAUAGAAUUUUACAGCCGCUAUAGAAAAAGUGAAUAAACAAUACCACCGCAGUAUUAUGCUAUAGUGUCCAUACAUAUCAGCUUCACUACUUAUUAUUCAACAUCUUAAAACAGUUUUGCAGUCUCUUUAAAACAGUACAGUACCUAUAACACCUCUGACAUCUCAUCUUUCUGUACAGGGAUGCUUUUUGAACCUUUGGUGAGCAGAGAUGAAGCCUUUCACACUUAAAUCCUUACUGCGUCCCAAGGUGCAACUGUCCUUUCUCUCACACGUCAACCAAGCCAGUUGCACUCUGAACCUAUAUAAAAUCUGGAAACUACUGAGGUCCUGCGUUGCAUAGAGCCGUGCCUAGGGCUCCAUGCCUGUUUAAUAUGUUUAGUGGGGUUUAAUGGAGAGCUAACAGGGCAGGCUGUUGGAUUGGAGAGAUGUGGGCCUGUGCAGUCUGCGGGUAGCAGGUGUUUUAGUGGUGAGGUCAAGUAAAUGUGUGGGUGUUUACUUUGCGUACACCUUGUCCCUCUGUCCUGUGGUCUCUAGUUGUUGCUGCUCAUUUCAGAGUGGAAGAAUGUGACUGAGGUCUCAGGGUAUCCAGAAGACUGUGUGUAUAAGGGAAUAGCUCCUGUGUUGGUUUUCCACAUGAUGGAGAUUUUAGAGGAGAGGAGAGGAGAGGAGAGGAGAGGAGAGAGGCUUUAUUUCAGCAGUCCUAUCAGUCCUCUACCUUCAGUCCACAACUUACUUUUGUUAUGAUUUUUAUAUAUAUUACAUUUUCACAUUUGUAAUAUCAUCUUUCAUCAUCAUUCAUUGACUUGUGUUACUAUUGCAUGUUAUUGACUAGUGUUACUACUCAUUGUGUUUUUUUGCCAGUGUGAGAUGGACAGAUGGAUUUACAUGUUUUAGGAAGAGAUGGCUUCACACACCCAUGUAUAUGUAUAUGAAGAGAAAUCAGCUCUGGAGUGUUUGGUAAUGUUGCAGGCCGACUAUAUCACAGUCGUUGCAUUUCAUCAACAAAUGGUUUGCGUGUCACAUCGUGGCCUGUGCAGUCGGGUAUCCGGUUACUAUAAUAUAUUAUAGGAUGGGGUUAUCUGAUGUGUUAAAUACCUAUCCAGACGUUGUGAGAUCUGUCAGGUGUCUGCAACAUAUAGUCAGCCAGGAAGUUGAUCGAAGUUUCACAUUUUGGAUCUAAGUGAGUGUUGUUGUUUUUUUGCCAUUCUACCACCAUAGUUGUUAUGCCUGCCUGUGAUUGGCUGCCUUUGGAAGUGUCUCAUUAUUAUUGGCCUGACAAUUUUGACCAUCUCAAUGAAUAGUGAGGUGGUCAGCCGGUUGGUUAGUCCUCAGGUUUAUAUUUAUUUUAUUAUUUAUUUAUUUAUUUUAUUGGUCAGUUAUUUGCUUUUUCUUCAAUGUUUUAUUUCUUUUUUCCUUCGAUAUACAGCUCACGUAAAUGUUAAAUUACUCUCUGUGGCAUUGUGAUUUGGGGCGGCAGGUAGCCUAGUGGUUAGAGGUGGGUUGAAUCCCCGAGCUGACAUGGUAAAAAUCUGUCAUUCUGCCCCUGAACAAGGCAGUUAACCCACUGUUCCCCGGUUGGCCGUCAUUGUAAAUAAGAAUUUGUUCUUAACUGACUUGCCUAAAUAAAGGUUGAAUUUUUAAAAAAUGUAGAGGUCCUCUUCUAAUGUCCCUAGAAGUGUUCCUGAGUGAUUGAGCCAACCAAACAUGUGAACCGACCUCUUCCCCCUCUCCAAACAAAUAAGAAAUAGCAGCAUGUACAAAGCAGCAUGUAUUAGCUAUUAACUAGCAUCUUAGCUGGCAUUUCUUUGCAUGAUAGUCAACAGGACACUAGUUUUGGUGUUAACCCUGAUUUGUCUUCUAAUAUUUCAUUUUCUACUGAACGCUGGUGUACUAAACCUUUCUCAAUCUAUUUUCUGAGCUUUUUAAGUGCAUAAAACUAUUUUUGUCUCGAGACGACAUAACGAAGAUAGACGAGAGGCUGACUUUGAUAUUGAUGAUUAUGACAAGGAGGAUGAUGAUGAUGAACAUGUAAUGAUGAUUCUAUAGCAUGCUUUUAUAUGGAGCUCAGUGUUGUCAAUCCAGAGUGGCUUACUUCUAUACAUACAGCAGAGAGAGGAUCACCUCAAACCAUAAGCAUUUCCAGUGACUCCUGCUCAACUGAACUUGCAUGUGGGACUUGGGGGGAAAUCCUAACUUCCACUUAAGUACAUUUUUAACAUAUUAUUGCAUUUGAUGUCACUGGUACUGUAGACUAAGUGGACAUUUUACUUACAGGGAAUGCAUAAUCUCAAACAGCAACAAUCAAAUAUAGUAGAACAUGGAGUAGGCCUAGAUAGGCUCAACGAUGCCCUCUGGUGGUUAAAAUGAGCAUUAAAGGCAUGCACUGCGACGUACUGAAUCCUAGCCACAGCAUACUGCACAAUAUACACACUGGACUAUGUUUCGUUGAGUUAAUUUUGGAAACGUUUUAAACAAUAGGAGUGCAUCCAUCCAGUGACUAGACCACCUGUACUGAAAACACUGAGCUAGUAUCUCUGUAGUAUUUAUUUAACUCUUCCUAGUCCCUCUGUUUAAAAACUUUAUUCAAUCAUUUCUCUGCAGUUGGGUCUUAGUUUUGUUUUUGUCAGUUUGGGUUUCUUCUGUAGAAUACAUUUAUCCUAUAUUUCUCUGAUUCUUCUGAUUAUUGUGCUACCCCAAUGUGCUACAUGUUUUUCUCAAACUUAAGGAAAUGUGUUAAGGUGUUAUCAAUAAAAAUAAGUUAAUGAUCAUCUUAAUGAUCAGACAUCC